AUGGCACAAUUUUCUAGCGAUGGGGUACUUUUACCACAUCCCCAGAUUUUAAAGCAGCUACCGCCCGAGCUGGUAGAAAUUCUGCGCACAGGAAGUUCAAUUCCAGAAACAUUUCUUGAUACCCUGUCAAUUGCUGCAUUACAGCCGAAUUAUACCAACAAACUAUUCACAUUAUAUGAGCCAAUAUUUGUGGAUUUAGCUGCCAGGUGGAUUUGCUUGGACUCCCAUGAAUACUCUGUUCAAGUUACCACUGCAUUUGCACGCAUUUUACCCUUUGCGCCAUAUCUUCGACCAUUUGUCAAUGCCGUCUCCCAACGCCUUAAGAGCAGUGCCCUACCAUCCUCGUCAGAGUCAAACCAAGUUGAACUCUUACAAAUGGAAGAUCAAACUCUGCAUGCGUUUCUCGUUGCUCUCUUUCGUCUUCUUAGCUUCGACUUGGACAGUUUCUCACCUAUGACGCCCGUGUCCCAACUGCAGUCACUGCUCAGUCAUCACAACCCUAUCAUUAGAUACCUUGCAAUCCGAUGUUUUUGCUUGUAUAUGCGUGCUGCAGAUGCUUCCUUGGAACAAAUGAUAAGCAAGUAUCAUGAUGAGACAGCGAUCAAUGGCUCAUGGGAAGACCGAACCAUCGAUUACCGCCUCCUUAGUAUUUGGGAAGAGAAGCGAUGGGCCGGAUUAAAGGAAGAACUUGAAAAUGCGCGAAUAUCUCGCGAUGAUUCUGUUACGGAGACUUGGACCAAAGAAUUUCGAAACUCUUUCACGAGUCACACUGCAGAAAUCGGCGGGGUUCUUCUUCCCACCAUCCAUCCGAAAAACAAUAUGGGAGCAUCCUGCCUGGUGGAAACACCAACGGUUCGACGCAACCUUCGAAGUUUCGGUAAUUCGCUUCUCUCGAUGGAUCCAUUGCUGCUCGUCGGCCUGGCCGGUUCUGGGAAAACGUCACUCGUACACGAGGCAGCCUACCGAAUGGGCCAUUCUUCUUCCAUGAUUACACUUCACCUAAAUGAGCAAACUGAUUCUAAAAGUCUAUUGGGUUUGUACUCGACAUCGCCUCAAGCUGGCUCAUUUUCUUGGCAGCCUGGCGUUUUAACCAAAGCAGCCAGGGAGGGUAGGGUUAUUGCCACCAUGCGGUCUACUAUCAAUGCGGCUGGGAAAGAAAUAACCCCAGGAACUAAUAUGUUGGGAAGCAGACUCUGGAAUCACAUUCAAGUGGCGUCCAUGCCCCUGUCAGAAGUCAAAGAGGUUAUUAUUCAGAGGUUUCCGCUACUUUCCCCUCGAGUAGAUAUAAUCUUGACUACGUUCGAUCGCAUCACAUCGCUAUUUAACGGCACACUGUCUCGCAAGUUCAUGACAGGCAGAUUACCAAACCUCCGCGACUUGGUGAAGUUAUGUUACAGAAUAGAACGGCGGUUGCGGAAUCUUGGAUGUGAAACUGGCUAUGAGGCAGUACCAGAGGGUACUCAUGACGAAAUUUUUAUGGAUACUGUUGACUGUUUCGCAGCCUGUUUCCCUAAAGGAUUACUCCAGUCAACCGUGGCGGAAGUUAUUGCGGAAGGGAUGCAGAUAUCUCCCCAGCGUAUGAACUUUUGCCUGUCCGAACAGACUCCUAAGUAUUUGGAUUCUCCCAACUCAGUCACGAUUGGCAGAGAAUGCUGCCAGAAAAGAAAACCUCUUGGUCUGCGCAAGUCAUCCUCUUCAACAGCAGCUCAUAGUACUUUUGCACCAACAAGAGCUUCAUUGAGGAUAAUGGAGCAAAUUGUGUCAGCGUUGCAGCUCUCCGAGCCCGUUUUGCUGGUUGGAGAAACUGGAAUUGGCAAAACAGCAGUGAUCCAACAGCUUGCAUCUCUCUUGCACCAGCGUUUGACGGUAGUAAAUUUAUCGCAACAGAGUGAAAGCACUGACUUGCUAGGUGGUUUCAAGCCGGUCAAUGUUCGAUCAAUUGCUGUUCCCUUAGUUGACGAGUUUAAUUCAUUGUUCGAAUCAACCUUCUCUGCUAAAAAGAACCAGAAAUUUCUAGCCUCGGUUGCAAAGUGCGUCACAACUGGCAAUUGGCGGCGUCUAGUUAAUAUCCUUAAGGAGGCCAUCAAGAUGGCAUCAGGUAUCUUUGAACCCUUGAACAAAAGUAAAAGUGAAUUGACGGAUGUGGUCUCGGAACAACCGUCGAAGAAAAGAAAGCUUGACGACACAAAAUAUACCAUCCUCCGUGGAAAAUGGGCUACUUUUUCGAGAGAAUUAAAGGAAUUCGAGGUCCGGGUUUCUGAAGGCGACAGCAAGUUUGCAUUCGCAUUUGUCCAAGGCAAGAUAGUCAAAGCGCUGAGGAAUGGUGAAUGGGUUUUACUCGACGAGAUAAAUUUAGCUUCUCCUGACACCUUAGAGAGCAUUGCUAGCCUCCUUCACUAUGGAGGCGAUGGCACUCCAUCUGUCCUGCUUUCUGAAGCUGGGGAAGUUGAACGCAUUUAUGGCGAUUCAAAUUUCCGAAUUUUUGGGGCAAUGAACCCUGCAACUGAUGCUGGGAAAAGAGAUUUGGCUCCUGGUUUACGAUCAAGAUUUACGGAGAUAUAUGUCAAUUCACCAGAUACCGAAAUUGAUGACCUUAUAACAUUGAUAGGUGCCUACCUAGGGUCGUUGACUAUUGCGGACGAGAAAUCUACUAUCUCCCUUGCCCGCCUUUACCUUGACACGAAGAAGCUCAAUGUAGACAACAAGUUGACAGACGGAGCAGGUCAGAAACCACAUUUUAGCAUCAGGACUCUUGUUCGUUCCUUGAUAUACGUGAGAAAUCAAGCGCAUAUCUACGGGCUUCGACGAGCCAUGUACGAAGGGUUUUCUAUGAGUUUUUUGACGUUGCUCAGUAAGGCAUCCGAGCUCCAAAUAAUCCCCCUUUUGGAUCAACAUAUAUUUGGGAGCCUUAAAAAUUCCCGAUCUAUACUAUCGCAGACUCCCAAACCACCGAAUGACGGUGCAACCUAUGUUCAAUUCAAACAUUACUGGAUGAGACAGGGAGAAUUUCCGCUAGAAUCCCAACCACACUACAUUAUCACUCCCUUCAUUGAAAGGAAUUUAAUGAAUUUAGUGAGAGCGAGCUCUACGAGACUGUUUCCGAUUUUAUUACAAGGCCCAACCUCCUCUGGGAAAACUAGCAUGGUGGAAUACCUUGCCAAAAUUUCUGGCAACCGAUUUGUCCGAAUCAACAACCAUGAACAUACUGACCUCCAGGAAUAUUUGGGUUCAUACGUAUCCGGUGAAGAUGGCAGCUUGAAGUAUCAAGAAGGAAUACUGGUUGAGGCCCUAAGGAACGGCUACUGGAUUGUGUUAGAUGAACUUAACCUAGCGCCCACUGAUGUCCUGGAAGCUCUCAACCGCCUGCUUGAUGACAAUAGAGAAUUAUUUUUACCUGAAUCCCAAGAAGUCAUCCGCCCAAACCCGAACUUUAUGCUGUUUGCUACUCAAAAUCCUGCUGGUCUCUAUGGCGGCCGAAAGGUCCUUUCACGUGCAUUUCGAAAUCGAUUCCUUGAACUCCAUUUCGAUGAUAUUCCUGAGGACGAACUGGAAUAUAUUCUCAAGGAACGAUCUCAAAUUCCUCCAUCAUUCUGUGCUAGAAUAGUGUCUGUUUAUCGAAAGCUUUCACUGCUACGACAAUCCAGCCGCUUAUUCGAGCAACGAAACAGCUUUGCUACCCUCCGUGAUCUUUUUCGAUGGGCCCAACGGCGUGCUGAUGAUCGCGAACAAUUGGCUGUGAAUGGUUUUAUGCUAUUGGCAGAGAGGGUAAGAAAUCCUCAAGAGAGGGCAGCUGUAAAGGAGGUAAUAGAGGAAGUUAUGCGAGUAAAACUCGAUCAGACCGCCAUUUAUAGUUCCCGGUGCUUGGAUGCGCGUCUUCAACAGCUUUCAGCAACUGCCCCAACAAGUAUAAUAUGGACUCAAGCGAUGAGACGGGUAUUUAUUCUUGUUUCGCAGGCAAUUGAACACAACGAACCUGUGCUGCUCGUUGGGGAAACUGGAUGUGGCAAAACGCAAAUUUGUCAAGCUAUUGCAGAAAUAUAUGGAAAGCAGCUUUUUACCAUUAACGCUCAUGUUAACCUCGAGACAGGAGACAUCGUUGGUGCACAGAGGCCGUUGAGAAAUAGAUCUACAAUCGAAGCACAGCUUUUAGCAGACCUGUCCUCAGUCUUGAAGUCCAUCGAUGCAUAUGAUGAAAGCAGCGAUAACUCGAUUGACAAGCUAACAAGAGUAUUUUCUGAGCUAAAUUCCCAGGCACUAGAUAUGUGUGAACCAAAUUUGCUCAAUCGUAUACGAGAAAAUAUGACAAGAGCGAAAGCGUUAUUCGAGUGGUCUAAUGGUAGUCUUAUAACGGCAAUGGAAUCCGGUCAGCAUUUCCUUCUUGACGAAAUUUCACUCGCAGACGACUCCGUUUUAGAGCGUCUAAAUAGUGUUCUCGAGCCUCACCGGUCUUUGCUCCUUGCAGAAAAGGGGCCUAUAAAUUUGGUAGUUGCGAAGGAUGGUUUCCAGUUUUUAGCAACAAUGAACCCGGGAGGCGACUACGGAAAAAGAGAACUGUCUGCAGCGCUCAGGAACCGUCUUACCGAAAUUUGGGUGCCUCAGCUCUCAGAAGCUGAAGAUAUCCUUCCCAUCUUGUCUUCAAAACUCGUAUCGCCAAUCUCAAAUGCCCCAAGCGCAAUGUUAGCGUUUGCAAGAUGGUUCAAAGAAACUUUCCAGAGCACUUCAUCAACAUCAAUAUCCAUUCGUGAUUUGUUAGCAUGGGUUGGUUUUGUAAACCAAUGCAAAGAUCUCGAUCAAGCUGCUGCGGUGGUCCAUGGGGCGGCUCUGGUGUAUAUAGAUACCCUGGGUGCCAACCCUUCUGCCAUGUUUGUUUCAGGUCCGGCAAAUCUCAAACACGAUCGACUUAAAUGUCUUGAGAGAUUGGGUGAAAUUUUUGGUUUUGACGCUGUCUCUAUCUAUUACCAAGCAACUACUAUAUCUAUGGAAGACAACAAUAUGAGAAUCGGCCCAUUCGUUCUGGAGAUGAGCACUCAUUCCGAGCAUGAUCCCACAUUUUCCUUGGAAGCACCGACUACAGUUGCCAACUCGCUGAGGAUUGCCCGAGGUCUUCAGUUAACAAAGCCUAUUCUGCUUGAGGGUAGUCCUGGCGUUGGAAAAACCACCCUUGUUGCUGCUUUGGCACAAUGUCUUGGGAAACCGCUUACUCGAAUCAAUCUUUCUGACCAGACUGAUCUAACGGAUUUAUUUGGAUCAGAUGUGCCUGUUGAAGGUGGCGACAUGGGAAAUUUCGCUUGGAGUGAUGCUCCGUUUUUACGAGCUAUGCAGACUGGUGGUUGGGUUCUCCUGGACGAGAUGAACCUUGCAUCACAGUCUGUUCUGGAAGGUUUGAAUUCCUGUUUAGACCACCGUCAACAAGUUUACGUGGCGGAGUUGGACCAAACGUUUAAACGGCACCCCGACUUUGUUUUAUUUGCAGCGCAAAAUCCUCACCACCAAGGAGGUGGGAGAAAAGGUCUUCCUGCAUCGUUCGUGAAUCGAUUUACAGUUGUAUAUGCAGACUCGUUUAGUGAUGACGACUUAAAGAUGAUCUGUAAACGGUUGUCUCCUCUUGCUCCUAAAAGGGAGAUACAACAGCUAGUUGAAUUUGUCUCUUCGUUAAAUAUUAAAAUAACGAACGAACGACUCCUGGGAACUACUGGAGGACCUUGGGAAAUAAAUUUGCGAGAUAUUUCAAGAUGGCUCAGACUUCUUGAAUCCACUCCAAUCCGAGUUUCUCCUUCUCAGUUCCUCGAUGUUGUGAUUAGCCAGAGAUUUCGCACACAUGGUGACCGAUCCCUCGUUUUGUCAUUGUACGAGGAUGUCUUCCAAUCGACACCUGUUGUUAAAAGCUAUUUCCAUAACCUGAGCGUGUCGCAAUACCAAGUUGGCCUUAGUGUACUUCAACGCGACCCGCUGGUGCAAAAUUUCAAUGAUCCUCAGAUGAAGAUACUUACCGGCGAUCUAGCAAUUAUGGAAUCAUUGGCAUUGUGCAUAGAGCAAGGAUGGCCCAGUAUUCUCGUGGGCACAUCAGGAUGUGGGAAGACGACCAUUUUGCGGAAGCUUGCCACUUUGAGUGGUUGCAAGCUUGUGGAAUUGGCACUAAACGCGGACACUGAUACUAUGGAUCUUGUCGGGGGCUUUGAGCAGGUAGACAAUGACCGCCAUCUGCUAAGUUUCAUGGAUGAAUUGAGCCAGCUUUUGCAAAAUCAAGUUGUUUCUACAUACACCGCAACCGAACAGACCGGUAUGGACAGUGAGCUUGUGCAACUUUACCAAGACGUCAAGAGCGGGUCAUCUAAUCUUGAAACCAUUUCGGAGGCACUUCAUAGAAUUUCACUCAAGGGAUUACAUCCGAGCUUCACAGAGUUUUACCAACGUUCUAAAACACUGCUAAAAUCAUCCUUUGUUAACCAGACGAUCGGCUUCGAAUGGACGGAAGGUAUAUUUGUCCAAUCAGUCCAGAAAGGUGAUUGGGUGGUCCUUGACAAUGCCAACCUCUGUAAUCCCUCCGUUUUAGAUCGACUAAAUUCACUCAUGGAACCGAACGGGUAUUUAGUUAUCAAUGAGCAAAGGACUGUAGAUGGCACUGCAAAAGUGGUGAAGCCACACCCAAAUUUUCGACUGUUUCUCACUAUGGAUCCUCGUCAUGGAGAGUUGUCACGAGCAAUGAGGAAUCGGGCUAUCGAAAUAUGUUUGCAGCCCGGAGUCACCGGCGGUACGCCUACGACUCAAGGAAUCUUUUAUACCUCAGAAUCGUCAAUUUACCGCAUUCGCUGCGGUCAAGGUCUCUCACACCAACGAUUGGAUUCGGAAUUAGAACAGAAUGAACUAGAAGUUUUUCUUGAUCACUUGGCUCCGCACGAUUUUCGCAGGCUCCAGCAAUCAUCCACUUCUAUCGAUAUUUGGGUUGCGAAUACGUAUCUUUCUACAGUUGUGUACCAGACGUUUGAUCGCUACAAUGCUUUUUUAAGUCGUGAUACCCUUUCUUCUUUGAAGGAUUUUCUAUGCGAUGGAAGUUGGAAUGAACAUAAAUUUUCAAGCUUUCGCUAUGGUAUUGAGCCGCUGCAUCCAUUGAUCAACGAGCCCCGAGCUGUGGCUUGCAUUAAUCCAGAAUCGCAAGUUCUCUUAGCAAAACUAGCAAAACUCCAAGAGAUACAAUUUGACGUUUGGCAUUUCCACCAAGUCUUUUGUCAAGUUCGUGACUCCGUUUCCAACAAAAAACCUUCGGAAAUGAGCAGACUGGAAAGAUCAGUUGCUUCAGAUAGGAUCCCCGCCCUUAUGAAGGAAUCUACCCAACCGGUCGCGUUGUAUCUUUCUAGCUGUAUCCAGACUUUGAGUGAGACCAUUCAGAAGGUUAAUUAUGAGGUUUUGCGCUCCGUUGAUGUGUGUGCUAUAGCCAGUUCUAUAUUGGAGUUGUGCUGGGAUAUUUUUGGUGUCGUGCAAACCAAUAAUUUUGAUGAAGGGGUAUUUCAAACGUAUUUACAAAUUGGACAAUCUCUCUGUUCUCGCUUUAAGGAUAUUAAACUUGAUCUUGUCAGGGUCCUGUCUGAAUCACUUGAUAUGUUUCGUAUCAACUGGGGCUUGACAACAGGGCAAAGCAUGCAAAGGAUAUGGGAUCAGUGGAGGCCGGCGACAUCGACCGACCCUGCUCAUUUGAAGUCAAUGGUGGAUUUGCAACACAUUGCUGCCAGAUUUGAUCUUAUUACUUUGAAAACGAAUUUGCCCUUUUCGCAACUUGGCCAAUUGCGUCACUCACUAGUCCAAGCACAGAUUUCAAUGCUACAAGGCGCGGACGGAGUUGGUCUGAUCCAGGAUCUUCAGCAUGUAAUCGAUGACCUUGAAGCUCGAGUGCUGGAUUCCGGCCCAGUAUCACCCCCCUAUUUUUCCUUAGAGUUUGAAGCACUUUCACAAUAUCGUGAUUUCAUUGACAUCAGCAAGUCAGCUACGGAGACCAUAAAUUAUGGCCUCUCGGAUGUAUUGCAGCUACUCGCAGGACGUCCGUCUUACCCUCAUGAUAUGUCAACUCUAGGGAAUUCUGUUCCAGAGCUCCUCUCAAGAUUAUCACGUUUUGCAGGCUUCCAAAACGUCUCAAGCAAACCGCUGGCACUUCGUGGAACUUUCUCGCUAUCAUUGAUCGCGAAACUAUCCUCUCUUGGAAUUGUGCCGGUGAAAGGAAUGAACAUACUAAAUUCUGAACUUGACUUCAUCGCGAACGGCUUAUGUUCAAGCACUGACCAAAUCGCGCGCGAUCAACUUGAUAUCCUCCGAAAGCAAUUAGCUAGGCUCCUUCAAGAGCUUUUGUGUUGUCAUGGGGAUUUGAUCGACCCCGUGUCACUCGGAAGCGCUGCAUCAUACCUAGACACGCUUGUUCGUGAUUCAGACCUCAGCGGUCUUGUCAAUACCCAAAUACCACCACUUAAAUUGCGAGAUAAUUCUGACAAACUUCACUAUUUCAAUGAAUUUACGUCGAGAUCAUUCAAUAAAAUUGUAUCUUCUUUAGUUGGCAUAUGUGGUAAAACGGGCACUACUAAUCACCUUCAACUGGGAGCCGCCUGUAUCCACUUUGCUAUGGCAUGCCUUCGGUUCUUUGUCCCAAACAGACCUUUCGACCCGUCCCUUGGCUUGGCUGUUCAGAGACACCGAUACACACAACGCGCCCAGGAGAAAAAUAAGAAGCUUAAUUCAUUGAAAGCAUAUGAAUUAUCAUUUUCUGGGCAAGAGUCGAGCUUACGUAUUCGGAUCGCUCAAGAGGAGCUCCGGUUGUUGGGUGACAUACCACCUUCGCCCCCAGUUAUUCGACCACAGCCUUCCCAGAUUGGCGAAUUACAGGGAGAAUUUUCCAACCUUCUAAAUUCAGUUGUGAACUUGAAUCCCGAUGGUAUACUUCGUUCCCUUCAGGACUCAGCCAACCCAGACCUUGCCAAUACAACCAAGCAACAAGGCGAACUUCUCCAGAAAAAUAUCAAGCAAAUAUGUCUUCGCCUCAGCACAAAUUAUAAAGCGUACGAAGACGUUGUCAUUCCUGUCAUCCGAUUCCUGGAGAUACUGCAUCUCGGAGUGGACUUGGUUCAGUGUUCUGACCUUCAUUCCCAUUUGGAGCAAGGUUUCAUACAUGCUAUGAGCCAGAUUACACCCUUAAUGAGCUCCAGAAGAGUAUCACUCCCCGAUCUGCAAAAUCGCCCCUCUCGACUGUCUAACUCGGAGAAGGUCGACAUCGGACUACAACGACUUUCUAUUCUAUGGGUCUUUCAAAAUACGGACCCUGAAACUCUUUCAACUGCUGCAAAUCGCCAACUUCUCCGCGAUACUCUUGAGGACUUUUCCGGUAUCUGGAAACAGCAGCUAGAAGAUGACCAAAAUAAACACUAUGAAAAGUCGAACUUAUACCGUUAUCGAGGAUCGUUUGAGGAUGAUCAGGAAGUAGAAGCUGCCGAGGUUUCUCAACUUUUCCCAACGUUCGACGGCACAACUGAGGAUGACCUUGAAAUUGGAACACUGGCACAAUUCGAUGUCAAAACUAUUUCCCUAAGGCUUUCUCAUAUACUCAACAAUUUAUUCUCAGACCUCGACAAAGAGUCCACAGUGAAGCGAUUGUUGUUAGACUCCACGAAACUACUUGGUAUUAACAUGGCAAAAAGCUCAACAGAUAUCCCAACCAUGGACCCCAAAUCACAUCUGCUAGGGGCGAUUUUAUUCCUAGACGAUGUAAAGUCUAUUAAACAACCAACAUCUUACAACUUUUAUUCGAGCCCGAACUUGGUAGAGGUCAAGAAGCUCGCAGAUCUAGUUGAAACUAUUAGCGUGCGUUUUAAAGAACUCCAAAAUUCGUGGCCUGAACACGCUACAAUUGCGGAUGUUAUUCGCUGUUGCUCCGAGAUUUUCCAAUUCAACCACCAAGAGCCUCUAGCCAAAUUUAUCACUAAAGCAGAGAAACUUCAUUCGUUCAUUUAUGAGUGGCAGGCUGUCGCGAGUAAAAAUUUCUCUGUCACUCAGUGCUAUGAUAAUAUAACAGCUCUACUCAUAAGUUGGCGGCGCAUUGAAUUAUCUACUUGGUCUCGGCUCUUGGACAUCGAAGAUGAAAGUUGCAGCGAGGAUGCGAGUGCUUGGUGGUUUGUUGCGUAUGAUGUGAUAAUUGCAGCCCCAUUACAGCUGGUUCAAGACGGACAGCCUUUGAUCGAACACUCCGUCGAACUCAUCACUACCCUCGAGAAAUUUAUUUGCUCCACUCCAAUGGGCCAAUACAAGUCUAGGCUGCAGCUCAUUGAAAAAUUCAAAAUGCUGCUGACACUCUAUGCUUUGGACUUCCCAGCUCUGGACCAAUUGAGCGCUGGUAUUGACAACCUCCUUCAUCACUACUUCCCAUUUGUAUCUGUUUUUGAAAAAUCGCUCGGUGACGGUAGAAAAACACUAGAACGUGACAUACAACAAACGAUUCAGCUGGCAAGCUGGAAGGACACUAAUAUCAAUGCUCUCAGAGAAAGCGCACGUCGCUCCCACAACAAAUUGUUCAAGGUUGUGAGAAAGUAUCGCAGUCUUCUCAGCCAAUCCUCAGAGAGCUUAUUGUCGAAGGGACUCUCUAGCCUUCCGGAUAAAGCAGAAUCAUUCUCAGAUAAUCGUGUGACACUACCCAAUCCCGUUUCACCCAUUGCCCUUCGUGUGUGUCAUGAAAAUAUUCACUCAUGGAGUCAGAAGCCCAUGCGAUUCACAGAUCCUGAUGGUGCAGUCAGGAGCAUGCAGCGUGUAUAUGAGAACUCUCUAAAGGGUUUACAAGCCCAUCAGGAGCUCGAUGCAUUCACUCGUGACAUAAUUGAUACCAUUGGCGAAUUUAAAUCUCAGACACCGAAGGCACUCACGGAAGACAAUAAGCAUGAUGUUCAGCAUCUCAAAGGUCAAAAACGGCGGUUCUAUGCAGAAAAACUGAAAGACCUCCGAUUCAUGGGCAUUCGUUCUAAUGUUGGGACUGACAUUCUCGAAAGCCAAAGAUCGGUUGCGUCCGUCCUUUCCUCUACACGCCCUCUCACAAUUUCUGCUGGCUUGUCUCAUGUUAAAAGCGCAGACUCCUACUUUCAUAAAUUUUUGGAUCUAGUGCCUCGUGUUCGCAUUUCAUCUGUCGAGUUCUCUGAAGACCUUAGCAACGUUGAGGCUAGUAGAAGUGCAGGGUUCAUAGAAGGUCUUCUACAUUGGGCUUUGAAGCAAAGGGAAACUCUAUCAUUAAGAUUGGAGAACUUAAGUGCGGUUGAACUCACGCUGCAGCAAAUGAGGAACGUAUCCGAUCUUCGCAGCUCCCUCUUGCCAAAUAGCGACUACCGCCUCUCCGAUCGUCGUGAUCUCCGAGGAACGCUCCGGUGGCUUUCUACCAUCCUUGGUGUUUGUAAUUCAACGCUUCAAAUCCAUGGAUAUUUUGCUGGAAUUGGUUCGUCGGAAGUCCUGGAGGCAUUGAACGAUUGGAAAACCCGCUUGAACAACCUACUUGUCUCAAUCGAAGAUCUAAAAAUUCUACCCCCGGGAUUGUCUACCGGCACCCACGAAAAACUAUUUUCAAGUGUUCGGAUGUUAGUUUCAAACGUGCGAUCCGAUAUACUAAAAUGGAUUGACGUGCAUCCUGAGUUGGCCUUUGCUCUGGAACAGAUACUUCCAUGGACUGAAUUGGGAGUCACAGCAAGCACACGGGAAACCAAUGGCCAAAUCAGCAUUUCACUUGAAGAGUUUGACUCUUCCCUCUUCACAGUGAUGGACAAAAUUUUUGUUGUGAUGCAAAAAAUUAGUUCGUCCUUGUCCACCGCCCCUCCUUCAAAGGAUAUUCCCGCCUGGCUAGUGAAAACCGAACAAGUUAUAUCGAAAGCAUGUGCAGAGCUCCACAUGGCCGAUAUUGCUGAUGACAUACGAUGUGUUCUAGCCCGGAUUCGGCAUGUAUCGGAGAAGGAUUCGAAUUCUCUUGCUGUUGUUGGCGCCGCGAUAUCAGUAAUCAUGCCAAUUGCCGAACAAUACCAGUCAAUAUGUACUGAUAUCCUCCACCGGUAUUCUGCGCUACACCGAGAAACGUGCAAAAUGUCAUAUCUCUUAGCGAAGUCGUUUAACCAGAUUGCGUCGGAAGGUUUCUGUGCUCCUCCUGAGAACGCUGGAGAGCACGGUAAGUCUGACAAGUUGGAGAAUGGGACUGGACUUGGGGAUGGAGAAGGUGCUGAGGAUAUUAGUAAAGACGUUCAAGAUGACGAGGACUUGGCUGACCUGGCUCAAGAAAAACAGCAAAUGGAUGGGGACAAGGAGGAUAAGGAUACAGGAGUUGAUGCUGUCAAUAUGGACCAAGAGGAUCUUGAGGCGGACAGGAGUGAUUUUGAUGAAAUGGAAAACGAAGACGGAAGUUGCUCAGACAAAGAAGAUGAGGAUGACAUGGACCUUGAUGAAGAAACCGGUAGUGUUGAUAGGCUAGACGCAUCCGCAGUUGAUGAAAAAAUGUGGGAUGGAACGAAUGAUCAAGAUCAGAAAGAUACCGAAAACGAACAAGGAAAAGGGGACGCAGAAUCUGAAGACAAAACUGCGGCGUCGGCUAACAAGAAUGAAAAAAUAAAUGAAAGUAAAAAUGGGGACGAAAGCGAAAACGAGGGAUCAGAACCUCCUGACGAUGAAGGGGAAGCUGUUGGGAGGGAGGACAUGGAUACAACUGAUCCACAUGCAAAGGAAGAACCAAUUCUUGAUCUACCCGAAGACAUGGAACUCGAUGGUCAAGAUGACAAAGAUAAACAGGACUCUGAUUUUGACGAUGAUCUUGGUGAUUUGUCAGAUGAUAAUAGGAGCAACUGGGAAGGUGAACCAAAUGCUCCUGAAGAAUCUAGUAAUCACCCAGAUCUAGACUCUCAAGAGCAAGCUGAAAAUGAAAUAGAGUCCGCAAACGAAGUUGAAGAAGAAAACAUCAACGGACAAGAAGACGUUGAAUGUCACCAAGAGGAAAGCGAGACCGGGACAGAAGAAAAGGAAAGAGACGAGCUCUUGGAAUCGGAAAGGACAGAUAACCAAGCAGAUGCAGAGGAUAUCGCUCCAAGUGAGGAGGUUUCUGUCGGUCAAGGUGUCGACCAAGAUCAAAAUCAAGAGCAUGGAGACUCUGGCAAAGCAACUCAAGAACAUGGCUCGAAGGACCAGGCAGACGAGCAAAAUCUACAAGAAGGUAGUGCUGACCAGGGCGAAGACGGCAAAGAAGCAACAAAUGCAUCUGGCGGUAGAGAUGAUGGCAAGCUAGAUGACUCCCAAACACAGGCAUUCAAAAAGCUCGGCGACAUCCUUGAGCAAUGGCACCGCCGUCAACGUCAAAUCCAGGAGGCUUCUGACCAUCAAGACACUUCCCAAAAUGAAAAUCAGGAUGCCAACAUGGAAGAUGCGGACUUUGAGCAUCUUGCGGAUGAUCAGGAUGCCGCAGACACUCAAGCGCUUGGCCAGGCAACCGAGGAACAAGCGAAAAGCCUCGAUCAAAGCAACGCCGUCGAAUCUGAUGUAAGGCCGGAAGAAGGCGAAUUCCUUCCAGAUGCCACAGAGCCUGAAAAUCCUCCGGCAGAACAGUCUUUAGAAGAUCGAAUGGAUUUGGACCAGCAACCAGGUCUGUCGGAGAACAAUACAUCGAGAUCAUAUGUUGCUGGUGAUAGGAUUACGGAAAAUGAUCCCACCCAUCAAGAUAGCCAAACAUCGGACUCUCAAGAAAUGGAAGACAUGGAUGCUCAUCUUUCUUCCUUUCAUGUCGGCUCAGAAACGACUCCGUUGACUUCUCCAGAGGAAGCCCGACGCCUUUGGUCUCACUACGAAUCAAUUACCAACGACCUGUCACUUGCGUUGACUGAACAGCUACGCUUGAUUCUCGCACCCACCCUGGCAACCAAACUGCGAGGCGACUUUAGGACCGGGAAACGACUCAACAUUAAGCGCAUCAUUCCGUACAUCGCAUCCCAGUACAAGCGUGAUAAGAUCUGGAUGCGACGAUCCGUCCCUUCGAAGCGAAGUUACCAGAUCAUGCUUGCGGUUGACGACAGUAAAUCAAUGCUCGAGAGCGGUAGCGGACAACUUGCCUUCGAGACACUCGCUCUUAUUACAAAGAGUUUAAGUAUGCUGGAAGCAGGGGAUCUCUGCGUUGUUAGUUUCGGGGACGAAGACCACGUCCGUGUGGCUCAUGAAUUUGGCAAAACUUUCUCUUCUGAAGCAGGCGUCCAAAUCUUCCAGCAGUUUAGCUACAAGCAAACUGGUACAAAUGUUCGAAAACUUAUCUCAGACUCGAUUACUUUGUUCCGGGAGGCGAAAAUGAAGCGCUCCCGCUCAAGUGGGAGUGGAGACCUUUGGCAGCUGGAGCUCAUCAUAUCAGAUGGAAUCUGUGAAGACCAUGAGACCAUUCGCCGACUAGUUCGACAAGCGCAAGAGGAACGAAUCAUGAUAGUAUUCAUCAUCGUCGAUGCAGUGAAGGGGAGCUCCAUCCUCGAUCUAACACAAGCGAGUUUCGAGCCUGAUGGGGAUGUGCAGGAGUUACCGGCUAUUUUGAGUCUGGCGUUAAAACAAUGGUUUGCGGAAGUUGUCGAUGUAGCAGCUUAG